AUUGAAUGAGUUAUUCCCUCCUCCAUAUAAACACCAUUUCCAAAGUAUUCCAUAAAAUUCACCUUCUUCAAAACUCUCUCUCUCUUACCAUUUCUUUGUCACCUUUCAGAUCCCUCUUGUUCUUCUUCAACAUGAACUCCAAAUCUCCUCUGCAAUUCCUCCUUAUCCUUCUUCUGGCCCUUUCUUUUGUUAUGUCUUCUGCUGCUGUGCAAACCAGAAGGCUUCUGCCAAACAAAGAAAAUCUCUCAGCUCAAAUUUCAUCAGAUAAGGGUGUUGAGGAAUUGAGAAGUGGAGAAGAUUUGUUUGAUCUAGCAGAAGAGUUUAUGGAGAGAAGGAUUGAUUUUGAAAAUAAUGAUUAUCCAGGGACUGGAGCAAACAACAGGCAUGAUCCAAAGACACCAGGAACACCUUGAGCAAAUGCAUAAACUUUGUAUAGAUUUUAAGGCCUUAUAAAAUCUUUUAUGGGAUUUUGAACACUGUUGUUAAUUAUUGCUGGUAGCUGAUAGAAUAUUCCUUCAUCCCCAAUAUUUUUGUGCAAGAGAAUGUGUCAGUCUUUAGUUUUUGCUUUGGCUGAAUCUGUACACUUUAGAGCUCAAGCAAAUAGUGGCAGAAGUUCCAAAUC